AUGAGACUGUUUUAUUAUGAAGAAUACGCAUUAGAUAACGAAUACGGCGACGUUGCCGAUUUUAGCGAUGACUUCAUGAUAGACGACCUAGAUGAAGACCAGGAAUAUGAAGAUUAUGAAGAAUACGAGGACGAUGAAAUUACCGACUACGACUUUAUCGACGAUACCGAGUUCAUCGAAGACGAAGACGAGAAUGCUUAUGAAGAUGAAGAUUAUGAUGAUGAUUAUGAAGAUGGAAUUUCUGAUUACCCUGACUGGAUUAUCGAUUAUGAUGAACUCCAAGAUUCUAUUGCCGAGGAACAAAAUCGAGAAAACAUCAAAGCGCUGUUACAAAACGAGCUUGAACAAGAAUCAGACUACUAUCAAGUCUACGAUGAUGUUGAUGACUAUGACGACUACGACUACGACGAGCAAAUUUAUGACUACAUCGGUGAUGACGACGAAUCAAAAGCGCUCGAUGAUAUCCUUGGAAAGCUUGAAAAAUUCCAGAAGGCUCAUCAAACAAUGUACAUCAUUAGCGUUGGCGUGAUUCUGAUCGUUCUCAUUUGGCUCUUUUACUGGAAGUGUCGCGCCAAAGGAAAAUCCGCAAAGACAGAAAUUCCCGGAGCAUCCCAAGGAAGAGCUGACAAACGCCGCUUGUAUGGAGUGACCAUCAAGAAAUAA